CUCUUUUAAAGGAUAAUGAACCAAACAAAUUAAAGAAAAAAAAAGAAGUCUAAGUCAAGCGACAACACACUCAUCUUAUCAAGCACCAUCACCACCGAAUCAUCUCUCCACUUUCUUCUUCAACCUUCUAGACUCUAAACAAAAACCUCCAUCACAGACUUCCUGCAACUCUACAAUCUUCAACACUUUCCACACAACCUCAUCUUCAAUGACGUCACCCGAAACUCCACCACCAGCAAUCACCGUCCAACCCGCCUCCCCUCGCUUCCCAUUAACCGCCGGAACUCACCGGAAAAUCGCCAUCGCCGUCGAUCUAAGCGACGAGAGCGCCUACGCCGUCAACUGGGCAGUACAAAACUACCUCCGCCCAGGAGACUCCGUCAUCCUCCUCCACGUCCGCCCUACCUCCGUCCUCUACGGCGCCGAUUGGGGCGCCGUCGAACCACCGGCCACCGGAACCCUAACCGACGAACACUCGCAACAAAAACUCGAAGACGAUUUCGAUGCGGUUACCGCAACGAAAGCGAACGAUCUGGCGAAACCGUUAGUAGAUGCGAAUAUUAAUUUUAAGAUCCAUAUUGUGAAGGAUCAUGAUAUGAAGGAGCGGUUGUGUUUGGAGGUUGAGCGGUUAGGGUUAAGUGCGGUUAUUAUGGGGAGUAGAGGGUUUGGGGCUUCUAGGAGGAGGAGUGUGAAAGGGAGGAACCUUGGGAGUGUGAGUGAUUAUUGUGUGAAUCAUUGUGUGUGUCCGGUUGUGGUUGUAAGGUUUCCGGAUGAUAAGGAUGGCGAAACGGCGGUUGGAUCGCCGUUAAGGGUGAAUGGUGGGAGUGACAGGGGGUUGUGUCCGGUUCCGGAGGAGGAACCGGAGUUUCAUGAUGCGUCGGAUAAACAUACAGAUCUUGAAAAGCCCUCUUAACCUGAGAAUGCUCGAUAUAUUCAGAAGUUGAGAAGAUGGUAAAUUUAUCAACCGAAGGAAGUGUUUAUUGUUGCGUGUUGUUAUUUUUCUUUCUGGUGUUGUUGUGUAUGUAUGUGGAAGUUGGGGACGUUGAAAAGGUUGUGGUUUGAAGCUGUAAACAGGGUGCGAGAUGUUAACCUUGUUGUUUAUGUGUUGAAUCAUCCACUUUGUUCAAUUGUUCAUGCAUCUUCUUGUAUUCAUUGAUUAUAGUAACAGAAGAUCAUGGGAAUAAUGCUGUUUUGGGUAUAUUUGUAUGGUCA